UAUUCCUGUGUUAGUCUGCUUAGGAUAAUGGCCUCCAGCUCCAGCCCAUGUUGCUGCAAAGGAUAUGAUCUGGGUUAAGGAUCUAGCAUGUUCUCAUGUCAUCCAGCAAACAGAAGCCAGACACAAGGGAGGUCCAGGGUACCAUGGUAAAUGCCCACCUCUGGCCUCCAGCUCUCCCCUACCUGCAUCUACUCACCUCCCACCCCUCCAGAGUGGCUUCUAUGGCUAAGCUCUCUGCUUUGGGCUUCCUACCCUAGAAGGCCUCCAAUCUUCCCUCCCAUCCCAGACAGAGCAGCCAACUGGUCCCUGGGCCUGGGGGCCACAGUGUGCAUUGAAUGCUUGUGGGAUAUCUGUCUGUCCUCGAAGGAACCCAGGUGGUAGGGAGAGCAGAUCAGAUAUUGAGUGGUUUGGAUUUGUCGGAAGGAAGGAGGGAGAGAAGGUAUUCUAAAAUGGAACAGCUGGGAUAAGGGUCUGGAGAUAAGAAAUGGGGUGACUCUGGGUGAGGAGCAAGGAGAAUCAGCCCAACCUGAGCCAGGGCCCCUCCCUGGUGAGGAGAUGAAGUUUGUGAUUUGAGAGCUUUUCUGGGCCUGUUCCUCAGGGGUGAAGGACUCAGUUCAUGAUUCCCAAGGCGUUCAUUCAUUCCCUCACUCACUCAUUCAUUCAUUCAUCAAAUGAGUUUUGAGUUCCUGCUAUGUGUCAGGAGCUGAGGACAUGGGAGUGGAUAGGACAGUCCCGAUCCCUUAUUGGGUCCCGGGACAAGUGUGACGCAGACGAUUCUAGGAGGGCAAAGAAACCACCCUUAUCUAGCAGCUCUUGUUUCUGCUCCAGAAGAAGCCGAGCGUUUUCCCAUUUUACCGUCUGGGAACCUGAGGCUGCCUCCUUGGUGGAGGUCCAAGGAAGCACCGAGAGGGCGGGCAGCUCAGUUAGUCCUUUGUCCAAGAGGAAGCUGGGAGCCCUAUAUGGACUUUCCGGGAAGGUGGGGGCGAGUGCGUCUGUGUACUGGAGUGGAGGGGAGUCCCCUUUCUCCGCCCCUCCCCGCCCCGUGGCCGCGGCGUGGCGGGGCCGGGGCGGAGCUGGCGUCGCCCCGGUCAGGAGGGCGGCCGCGGCCGGCAGGACAGGCAGACGGACAGGCUGACAGGCGAGAGAACAGGCACUGCGGGACCGGCAGGAGAAAGGCGAUCCUGUGGCUGGGAAUGUGACCCCACGGCCAGAGGAGGACCCACCAUUGAUGAGCCGAUGCAAGAAAAUGGUCUUUUACUCUUGGUCAUGAGCUGAGCCCCACCUUAUCCCAGUUCCCAGUUCUGCUUGUAACUUGCUAUGUGGACACAGGCUCCUGAAGUCCUCGUUUUAGGCCUCAGUUUCCUCAUCUGGGCCUCAGUUUCCCCAUCUGUACAAGGUCCCACCCUGGGAACUUCUCUGGGUGAGAAGUUGAAGAGUCAGGAUGGAUGAGAUGACCUUUCACAUCUGUGAGUUUUUUUUCAAGAGAACAAGUUCCUGCUGAAUGGCCUGUUUCUACUCUCCAAGCUGCUCUCUGCCCCCAUUCUGGUCUGCCUUUGUGGGUUCAAGGAAGGACCUUUGUCUCAAACAGCUCCCCGGCUAGUUUGACUUCUUGCCAGAAGGUAUCCUCAGGUCCGAGCCCCUGGACAGCAGCCCGAGGCCCAGCUGGCCAUGGCCCUGUGCCUGAAGCAGGUGUUCGCCAAGGACAAGACGUUCCGGCCGCGGAAGCGCUUUGAGCCGGGCACACAGCGCUUUGAGCUGUACAAGAAGGCACAGGCCUCUCUCAAGUCGGGCCUGGACCUGCGUAGUGUGGUGAGGCUGCCACCCGGGGAGAACAUCGACGACUGGAUCGCCGUGCACGUGGUGGACUUCUUCAACCGCAUCAACCUCAUCUACGGCACCAUGGCCGAGCGCUGCAGUGAGACCAGCUGCCCUGUCAUGGCCGGCGGGCCCCGCUACGAGUACCGCUGGCAGGAUGAGCGCCAGUACCGGCGGCCGGCCAAGCUCUCCGCACCACGCUAUAUGGCGUUGCUCAUGGACUGGAUCGAAGGCCUCAUCAACGACGAAGAGGUCUUUCCCACGCGUGUUGGAGUUCCCUUCCCUAAGAACUUCCAGCAGGUCUGCACCAAGAUCCUGACCCGCCUCUUCCGAGUCUUUGUCCAUGUCUACAUCCACCAUUUCGAUAGCAUCCUCAGCAUGGGGGCAGAGGCGCACGUCAACACCUGCUACAAGCACUUCUACUACUUCAUCCGCGAGUUCAGUCUGGUGGACCAGCGGGAGCUGGAGCCACUGAGGGAGAUGACAGAGCGGAUCUGCCACUGAGCCCAGGUCUGGACUUUUUUGGCCAUCAGAUGGAUGAUCUGAACAUAGGGUGGCUGGGAGAGGGGACCCCCAGGAGCCUGAAGGAAUCUGAAGGCACUGGAAUCACUCCACACACCCAAAGCCUCUGGACUUCUGGUUCUCAGGAGUCUGCCUACCUGUCGCCCUGACCGCUUGUGGAUGGAGAAGGGGAGAGCAUCUAGGCGGGCAAACAGAAGGGAAGUGGAGUUAAACCUCUGGCAUGAAGUCUGGGAGUAGGGUAGGCUAGGGAAUUUCUUCUAUGACACUUGACCCUUCCAUGCUGGUUCCCAAGCCUAUUGGAGGAAUGUGGGUGUGGCCGAGGUGAUGGCAAGAAAGGUGCAAGAGAGUGAGCAGCCUGCCUGUGAGUGAGCACAGAUGCCGAGGUAUGUGUGUGUAUGUGAUUUUCACUGUGGGGUGUGUCUGUGAGAGCUAGCUGCCUUACCCCUCCUUGGCACAUAGUAGGCCUUCCAUAAAUGUUGGAUGGAUGGAUAAAUAGAUUGGGACCAUCAGACCAUGACCACUGUAGGAGUGAUGACAGCUCAAUGUCCCCACUCAGUGUAUCUGACCAUGUGUGUAAGUGCACAAAAUGUGGUUGUAGAUGUUGCUCUACAUUCACACCUUCCAGGCUACACUCUUCCAUCAGCAUGAGUCCUGGAGAGCUGGGGGAAGGUAGGAAGAGAAGCCUUGCCUUGAGUUCCUAAACCGACCCACCCCAGACACAGGCUCUGAUUCUCUUACCCAGAGAUGCCCAUGAGCUGACAUUUUACUCAUCCCGCUGCCUCCAAGAAGGCCUGUAUUAUAGGUGUCCUCCUGGGGGUUGGAGAUGAUCCCUCAAGUACACAAAGUUCCCCUGGCCUUUCAUCUGGGAAUCAUAUACUCCACUCUAGCUCCCAGAAUCUACAUUCCUGGCUCCUCGGAUCUGAAGCCCAGCACAAAAUAAUCCCCCAGUCCAAGGAGCUUGUGGAACUUGAAUUGGGAACUUUGGAGUCUUGUCUCCCAUCCCAGCACAUUGAGGAUGUAGUUGGUGAAUAGACUCUUCCAGGCAUGGAGAUCCUCCAUCCUAAAAGUACCUGCCUCCUUCCCAGCCAUCCCUGACACAUUCCAGCCAGUUGGAUCUCACAGCACAGCUAUCCACAGGGAGACUGGGAUGUUCAUUCAGCACUCCAUUACUCAGUACCUCCAUACCCAGCCCUAUACACAGAUCCACAGGUGGGGAAACUGAGGCAGGAACAGGGGUGUGCCCUCCCAGAGCCUCCACUCUGGGAAGCCAGAAUGGAAAGCCAGAGGGAACCUGAGAAUCAUCCAGUCUCACUGUCUCAAUGUACAUACGAGGAAACUGAAGCCAGGAGAAGAAGAGGGAGAAACUGUCCAGGGCCUCACAGGGAGGCGUUCAUGGAGCUGGAGAAACCAGGGAUCCUGACCGCAGGGCCCAUCAAUUGCUACACAGAGAUACACAUGGAAAGAGGGUUUAACAGACCCUCGCUAGGACACAACUGUUUCUGCUUUGAGCAAUAAUUUCUAACCUGAGGCCAACAUGUCCCACUGCCCCUCGGGUGGGCUGGGGUUGUUUCCUGAGCCAAGCAUCCAAUAUCAUGCCCCACUCAAUGGCCUAGAAGCUGCCUGCACUUUGGGGAAACACAUGGAGCUCUUGGGCCCAGCCAGCUGGGCCUGGGACUUCUGCCUCUGCUGCCUGCAGAGUGGCCUGGCAGCUUUGCCAGAGGCUGUGGAGCGAGGGUAGCAGGAGCUUUCCCCAGAGUGCUGUGACUUGCAUGAUGGAUUCUAGGCUGUGGCAAGGGCUAAUUUCUGGGAUGGGGGGAGGAUGGGAAAAUUUAUUUUUAUGAAACAGAGGGAAGACUUUAUUGUUGUUAUUUUUGGUAAAAUAAAAGGCAAACUAAAGCA